UGGACACCAGAAAACCUAUAGAGUAAUUCAGAAGUGAUCUGCCGUAGAGGACACAGCCGCUCAGCCAGGAAGAGAACUCCAGGUGACCCUGUGUCUGUUGCCCCCUCUCCCCUGUGGAUCUGUGUGUUGGGGGUCCCUUCAGUGGGCACAGUGAAGGCUGAUAUGGGAUUCUCCCAGUCUCGAUCCCUGCACACCCAGGAGCUUGCAGACAAGACAGGCUUCUCAGCAGAGCAGAUUGAACAUCUACACAGGCGUUUCAACUAUCUAAGUGGAAAUGAGCCAACCUUAAGGAAACACAAUUUGGAUAAUAUUACAGAUCUGGAAACCAAUCCUAUUAAGUCGAAGAUAAUUCGUGCCUUUUUUGACAAACGGAAUCUACAAAUGGGAUCUGGUGGGUUUGUAGAUGAGAUAAACUUUGAACAAUUUCUGACCAUCAUGUCCCAUUUCCGGCCAAUGGGUGAGAAGGUUGAUGAAGAAAGCAUUAACAUGUGCCGGCAACAUAAGCUACGAUUUCUUUUCAAUAUGUAUGAUUCUGAUAAUGACAGUAAGAUUACCCUGGAGGAAUACAGAGGGGUGGUGGAAGACCUGUUAAUUGGAAAUGUACCGGAAGAACUAAGGGAUAAUCUCGGCAAUAAAAAGGAGUUGGCAAAAUCUAUUGCAGAUGGAGCAAUGCUAGAAGCUGCUAACCUUUGUGUGGGGCAAAUGGAGCCUGAUCAAAUAUACGAGGGGAUCACUUUUGAAGACUUCCUUAAGAUUUGGGAGCGAAUCGAUAUUGAAACCAAAAUGCACGUCAGGUUUUUGAACAUGGACACGAUCCCAUCCUGCCGUUAAUUACAGCCGUUGAGACUGUUUAACCACGCGAUCAGGAUAAAUGAGUUAUCUUGAGACUUCGAGGCCGACUUCUGAUUCAUCUGGUGGUAAUGGGACAAAAUCGGAAUCCACGGCUUUGAAACUGCAAAUUGGUUCUUGGUGGAAGAGUGUCGGAAAUUGUCUAUACGGAGAGUUUUUUGUUUUGUUAUUAUUAGAGAGGACUGUGCGGUGGUUCCAAGCAGAAGAGACAACACACUAUGCAAAUAUAUUUAUAUUCUCAUUCUAUGGAAUACUGCAUAUUUUAUUUUUUGAAAGCUAUAUUAGCUCUAAUCAAAUUACAUGGUGUUACUUUAAUAAAAAAAGGGAUUGUCCGGGGCAAUGUGUUUGGUGUAUAAUUUGAAUAUGUAUUAUAGUGGGCAAAAGGUAUAAAGCAAAUGUUCACAUGUG